UAGUAAGUAAGUGAAAGGAGGAGAGGUCCUCCCACCUUGUCUCAAUAUAAAGCCGAGCAGACAGCUGAGAGGGACUGAAAGGUAGAAGAGGAAAAAGAACUGAGAGAGACUACAAACACUCGUCUAUCUGAACUUUGUCCUGUUUCACUUCUGGAAUAAAACAGCAAAGAGGAUUUAUUUCAUACAGUGACAAGGUGAUUAAUGAUGAUGAGGAUGAGGCUGGUUGUGGUGAUCAGUGCUGUGCUUCUCCUGAUGGUGGACAGCAGCGUGAUGGAGAGGAUUCUGUCCCGCAGCAGGAGGGAGCUAGCCAGCCCGCUGCACGCUCGGGGUAUCCGGGACCCAUUCGGUUCCUACUGUGAGAGGAGAGGGGGCUGCUGUGAGGGCAGGAAUGAUGAGUGCACCAUGCCAUACCUGGACACCAUCUGCUACUGUGACUUGUUUUGCAACCGAACAGUGAGCGACUGCUGCCCGGAUUUCUGGGGCCACUGUCUGGGAAUCCAGCCCCCUCCCAGAGGUACUUGUGAGAGAAAUGGCCACCGGAUCCACUCAGGUGCAACCUACAAAGAGAACUGCAAUUUAUGUACAUGUAGCGCGACGGGCCAGUGGGUCUGUGAGCAGUACGCCUGCCUGAUAGAACAAGACAUGAUCCAGGCAGUGAACCGGGGGAGCUAUGGCUGGAAGGCGGCUAACUACAGUCAGUUCUGGGGUAUGAGUCUGGACGAGGGUUUGCGCUACCGGCUGGGCACUCAGCGGCCUUCCCGAAUCAUCAUGAGCAUGAAUGAGAUUCAGAUGAACAUGGAUAAUAACGAACACCUGCCCAGUUAUUUCAAUGCUGCUGAGAAGUGGCCAGGAAAAAUCCAUGAGCCACUGGACCAGGGCAACUGUGCUGCCUCGUGGGCCUUCUCCACAGCAGCUGUAGCAUCAGACCGAAUCUCUAUUCAAUCCAUGGGAACCAUGACCCCUCAACUGUCUCCCCAGAAUCUGAUUUCCUGUGACACACGUAACCAAGGCGGCUGUGCUGGAGGGCGCAUCGACGGGGCAUGGUGGUACCUGAGGAGAAGAGGGGUGGUGACGGAGGAGUGCUAUCCAUUUAAUCCGCCCCAGCAGACCCCUGCUGAAGUGAGCCGCUGUAUGAUGCAGAGUCGCUCAGUGGGCCGAGGGAAGAGACAGGCCACAGCCCGCUGUCCCAACACUCACAACUACAACAACGAAAUCUACCAGUCCACCCCGCCCUACAGACUGUCCUCAAAUGAGAAGGAGAUAAUGAAGGAGAUCAUGGAUAAUGGGCCUGUGCAAGCCAUCCUGGAGGUACAUGAGGACUUCUUUGUGUACAAGAGUGGAAUCUACCGACACAUUGAUGUGAAUGUACACAAAGCAGCGCAGUAUCGCAAGCACGGCACACACUCCGUGAGGAUCAUAGGGUGGGGAGAAGAAAGAGAUUACAAUGGGGAAACACACAAGUACUGGAUUGCUGCCAACUCAUGGGGCAAGAACUGGGGUGAAGAUGGCUACUUCCGCAUUGCCCGAGGAGAAAACGAAUGCCAAAUCGAGGCUUUCGUGAUUGGCGCAUGGGGCCGGAUAACCAUGGAGGACAUGUACAGCGAUCACCACCAUCACCAUGGAAGACGCAAAUAGAGAUGCCCAAUCACGUGCGUCUCUGAUCCUUGUGCCUCCCUCUGAGAUCCGUGUGCACUUCAUCGCCAGAUUGAACAAACACAAAAGACUCAGUCAGGACUAUGGCAGGAGACUGCAAUACGGUUUCUAUUAGAGCCAUCAAACUUCUAUUGAAUAUAUUAUUCUUGACAGUGCUGAUAGGUGUUCAUAAAUAGCCAGUCCUUUUUGUUGUUCGAAUGUGGGCAGUUUUGGAAUGAGCCUUGUGGUGGGUCUAAUGUUUCCCUUUCCUCUAUGCAAGAAAAUGCCAAUGAAAAGUCAGUUCAGUUAUUGGCCAAGGAAAACUGGUUCAUGGAGACUUGCCUGUAACUGUGAGCUCGACAAUGCCCCCUGGUGGCCACAAUGACAAUUACACAGCCACUUCUCUCACAGGCUCACUUCCAUGAGCUCACAUAGUCUGAGAAAUCAGGGUUUUUUUUUUUGUUUUUGUUUUUUAAAUAACAAAAUUGGCUAUACUAGUAAUCUUGUUUAUUUGGUUUUAUUAGCUCCUGGUAGGUAGUUUUAAACUGUAAGUAGCAUUGUCUGUGAAACUCAGACUCACUCAAUGUGCAUUUCAGACAAUACAUUCCAGCAUUGCAUAGCACAGUGGAAAAGGCAAGAUGAUGUGAGGUUGAAUUAAAAGGGUGAAUUUAUUACCACUUAUUUAUUUUAAAGAACUAUAACAGCUAUAUAUAUAUAUUUACAGUAAAUAUGUUUUUGGUUAUGGUCCUUUUUCUGAGUAAUUGGCUACUUUUAUUUUGAGCAUUCCAAAUGCAUCAAACUCUCCAUCUGAGAAUCCGCUUGAAUGCUGAAGAUACCUGAUCUGGCAUUUUUAUUUUUAAAU